CAUCCUAUCUCGAAAGCACUUUGCCUUGCUUCCGAGGCUCAGGAUAACAUCGUGAUACUCUCGAAUGCUCAUCAUGAGCCUGACACACACAUCACGUAGUGGUCUCAGUAGGGUACACUAUGGUGAUCAUCAUGCAUCACACUGCCUUAGAGCAAGCACUUGAAUAAUUGAGCAUCAAAGACGCCAUCCAAUCAGAGGAAGCUCUUGGUCCUGGAUGGAUGUCGCGGCUCUAUGCCGGCUCUCGGCUCCGAAGACUGGUCCAAGCGUUUAGCACAAGGUACCUUAUCUGUAAUCCGAUGAGAUCUUAUCGAUAAGCUCCAAUCUCAACCCCAGACUCAAACCCUGCGUGGCGCAUCACACCCUCGAAUCAUUGAGCAGUCACGUCUGCUAUGGUUCGAGGUCUCACCAAGGCUGACCAUGGCUGAACCCUCCGGAACUCAGCCUAAGGGCGACAACAAGAAGCGAAAAUCCUCGACGGCAGCAGCCGAGUCGUCCGCCGCCAUGGUCUCAAAGAAGAGCAAAGCGACGAAGGCAACAACAACGACGACGACAAACGCAAGCGCAAGCGCAAGCUCGAGCGCAAAUGUCAAUGGCCAGACGACCCCUCUGCCCCCCUCGCACGAAGCCCUCCUCGCGGACCUCAGAUCGAAAUACGACGUCCUCCCCGCCUUUACCAUCUCCUCCACCAAGAUCCAGAAACGCGUGACCUGGCUGCUGCAGCACCUGCGCAAAAACGAUGGCGAUCCGAGAAAGCGCGCCGUGCUCGUCUACGCCCGGCCGGGCGAGGUCGCCAAGAUGAUUUCGAUUGUGGAGACUGUGAAGCGCAUCGUUGCGGCGGAGAACAGAGUGGACGGAAAGGAGGAGGAAGAGAGCCGCGGCAAGUGGUAUCAGUACAGCCUCAUGUACGAACUGCCGCCAAAACCCGACGUCGUGGAAGAGACUGUGCUAGGCGGCGGCAGCAGCGGGACGCGCAAUGGCUCGGAGGAAGACGACGACGGAGACGAAGACGAUUUCGAGGUCAUGGAGAGUCGCUUCGAGAGAGCUGUGCUGCCGCAGCCGGUGAAGCGUGCGGCCAAGUCGCUGAGCAUAUUCCUUUCGUUGGCGCCCGUGCCGGAACUCAAGGCUCGAGACGACGUUACGACGCAGACGAACGCGGCGCAAUGAGCUUCCAAGGCGAGCUCGACGGUGCUCUAGCUUGGAGGGCUUGGGGAUGGGAGAGGAGUUGGAUUCGUGGCCGCCAUGGGCUUGCGCUUGGGUUCCGUGAGAUGGAGACAGGAACAGGAACAGAGACUCACGAGUAGCGGAGCUGCGAGAUGUCGAUGGCAAGCGCAACCAUCAUUCACAUUGCAUAGACAGGCGUUAUAGGACAGUGGGUGGCUACCAAUUGAUACCCAAUCGGGCGGGACGAAGUCGAUAUCAAAAGUUCUGAAUUCAUGAUAAACACAGAACAAAAAGACAGCCCCGGCAAGUGUCUUGGAACCUGCAAUGCAACCCCUUCAGUGCUUAAACGAAACUGUAC